UUAGGCUGCAGCUGCAGGUGGGAGGCAGCCACCUGGGAUCUUCAGGAAGCCUUCAGACCGCGGGCUCGGGCCCGGUCCCUGGGUUCAGGGUGUGAGUGAGACGAGUGCGGGCAGGGCUAGGCCAUGCCCUCUGCUAGGGGAGAGGCGGAGCCUGUUGGGAACACCUUUUGGAGCCCAAGCGCCUGCGGGACCCUUUGGCAGCUGGGGACUGGAAGCAACGGAACCAAAGGCAGACGGUCCUCGGUUGCUGGGGCGGACGUGGGCCCAAUCUGUCCGUCCUCGCAAGUUUCCCCCAGGGCUGGGACCUGGGCGAGCGGCAAAUUCAGAAUUUCCCGGACUGUAGUGUUUGUCGCAGGCCCGAGUUGGAGGCUAACUGAGAAAUCUUCGUUCCUCAGAUUUGUUGAUCUACAGAAUGCUUCGAUACCCAUAUUUUUGUAGAAUCCAUAAAAAUUUUCUUUCUUGCCGGUUGGAAUCUGGCAUAUUUAAUUUGGGUGUCUGGCCAAAAAAAAUACAUGCUACAGCAGAAAGAUAUAAUGAAUAUGAAGCCCAGGAGGAAACAGAUCAAACUGGAGUUGAGGAGUUACACAGAUCUCAAGAUAGAGAUUCUGAAGUGAUGACUAAGUUACAUAUUCCAGUGAUGGUGGAUGAAGUUGUUCGUUGUUUGGCACCACAAAAAGGGCAGAGCACAUCAUGAGAAAUGCUGGGCUGGAUGAGUUACAA